CCAAGCUCAAAUGUAACAACUAACAGACAAUCACGAAGAAGUGUUUUGUUGUCAUGGCGGUGUUUUAAACUGGUUGACACUUCCGAUAAACAAAACGUGCUUUUAGUUUCUGGUAAACAACACCGGCUGUCCUGUUAAGAUGUAAUUCCACAAAAGUUCCGAUUUUAAUCGUUGGUUGUUGGUUUACUGUAUAGUUUUGUGUGAGGAAUCAGUUGCUAAAGCUGUUAAUAAUUGAUCGGAUCCGUCAGUAACAAAGUAGCUGCUUUGAGAAGAUUAGUCAAACUGCUACGAUUAGGUGAAUGUAUCGUUUCCAUCAAUACUUCUCAUUCAAGCGCAUAAACAGGACUCUAUCAGAAUGAUAUCUGAUUUUCUAAAGGGAUCUCCAAUGACAGUCGGUGAACUGGGCUCUGUGAACGGUCAGUGGAUUACUAAAGGCUCUUCUGUGUCUCAAACUCAUGGUGGUGUGCAUACUCAGCUUCAGUUCAAUGAAACUGUGGCACCCACUGUCCUAAACCGAGCCACCCGUGUGGGACCGCCUUCUCCCAUCGUGAUAGAGAAACUUGUACCCCGGUCAGAGAGGCAGGAUGAUGUGGAGAGCUGCACCAGCUCGCUACGUCUCUCGGUCCUCUCAGAAGAGCGACUGGAGGCUGCUGUCAGGCUGGCUAGGAGAGAUCUGCGCAGAAAAAGGCAGGAAUCCAUCAGCCGUUCAUCACUGGAACUAUUGGAGAGAUCCCAAAACACCAGUCCUCAGAGAAGCAACAUAGAUCACAGUCCUCAGGUCUUUCCAAAAGGAACGUCAAAAACCACUGGUCCAAUGAAGCAAAUAAAAUCUGGUCCUCAGGUGCUGGUGUAUACCCCUCAAAAGCCUAACAGCCAGCCAGAACAGGGUCAGUCACCACCCGCCAAAGACAUUGGCCAGAAAGUCAACAGCAAUGAGCCACAGCUCAGCCAGGAGAUCCGCAAAUUACAGAAGGAACUGAGCACAUAUGUUCAAAGGAUAGAGCAGCUGGCAAAUAAAGGGCGAGUGGUGGAGGUUCUGGAGCCAGAUGAAAAGCGCAGGAUGGAGAUCCGUCGGCAGGAGCAAGAGGCUCGCUCUGCACGCAUCAUUUAUGUGUUACAACAGCAGGUGAAAGAAAUUCAGGAGGAUCUAGACAAGUUGCGUUCCCAGAAUAUGAAACACACCAAAAAGUCCAGGGCGAUGGGCAGACUGGCUGCUGCUCACAGAGGAGCUGUCAGAGCCAUGCAAGUCUUUAUCAGCCAGCUGUCGGACCCUGCAGAGAGCAGAGUGCCCAUCCACUGCAAAGAGCUGGGUCAGCUGAUUCGCCAGCUCUCUCUCUGCUCGGCUAAAGUAGAGGUGGGGCAGGGAUCUGCAGUGCCAGAAACAGCCCUUGACAUCCUGCAGAAUUUAGAGACCCUUGACUCAGCACUAAGUAAGCAGGAAACCCAGAGGAAGAGAGAUUCUGGCUUGCAGAAUGCCAACCCAGUGGAAAAGAGUUCUUCCAGAUUGAGGGCCCGCAGUAUGUCCCCUCCUCGUCCAGCAAGAGGCCCUAUUGAGAGGGGCCCUCAAAGACCCCGUAAGCCUGCUGCUGCAAAAAAGGCUGGCAGUAGGCCGGCAGGGAAGCACCGCAGUACCUCACAGGCAUUGGUGCGAGAGCGCAGUGAAGUUUUGAAGGCAGGGCUGGAAAGUCUCAUACAUAAUCAAAAACAGAGAGAGGCAGAACCACAAAAACCCAACAAAACUACUGGUGCCAUCAACCUAGACCACAAUAGGCAAGCUGGUCAUAUUCGUGAUGCCAGCUUCCAGCAACCCACCGUCUCAUCACGGCUAAGGGAGAACCAGUUACCCCAGAAAGAGACCACUGUGCCUUGGAUACCAACAUCCCCUCACUCUCCUCCUCGUCCACGUGUUGUGUCUAGCAGGCCAGAGCCCAAAUGUUUGUUCUUCCCUGUAAAAAGCCCUGAAAAGCAGAACCCACAGAUCAGAUCCAUGAGCAGCACACAGCUCAGCCCUUCAUCACAUGGCAGGAAACAAGCCCAAAAUGAAGCCCUCAGGCAAGCCUGGCUGGACCAGGUGACUGCAGAGAGACUGAGAGAACUGAAUCGUCUUAGUAAAGAGGAGGCAGAUCGCAUUAACAAACUCCGCACCACAGUGGGCUCUCCGACACUAUGGGCUGAGAAAGCAGAACGGGCUGCUAGAGAGAGAAUUCAACCUUUGUUGGAUCAGGCACAGCAGGUGUUUGGAGCAGGCAGUGACAAUCUCAGACAGCUGCUGCAGGUUACAGAUAGGCCUGGGGCCAGUGUGGAUGUUCUGAGCGAGGCUUUUCUGGACGAUCUUCUGGAAGACACGGCUCGCACUCUGUGGACAGCUGAGAGGCAGCAGGUGGCUGAGACUGAUGCUGAGCGGCUACUGCAGGGCCCCACACUAGAGAGCAUGCUGCUGAGGAUGGAGGAGAUGGAGAGAGAUCAGGAGGAAGUGCGCCGGCGUUUUGCCAUGAUCUCAUACUCAGACCCUCUCAUCUGGGAAAAAGGCACAGAUGCUCAGAGGAAUAUCGCUAGCUCUAGACCAGCCUCUCCUCAGCCAAUCAGACUGACAAAGCCGGUCUUGAAUGCUCCCAGCAUGGCUGACAUCCUCCUGCAAAAGCCAGUGGAGACGGGGGUUGUAUCUGACACCUCAGUACUGGAUGAGGAGUCUUUAACUCUAAAUGACCCCAGUCAUCCAGUCCCAUUUGGAGUGGAGAGGACAGGAGGAGUUUAUCUGAGUGUGCCGCCCAGCAUGCAGAGGAGCAUACAUAAAUACAGGGAGGACCAUGAUGCCUUUCUGCGGCUGGUUUCGCACGAAGCUGUAGGGAGCUUCAAUCCCUGGGCUAUAGCGGACAGUCUGGCUGACGAGUUGAUGGCGGAGGCUCUGGCUGAUGUGGCGGCAGAGUUCCAGGAUGUUUGUGAAGAGUAUGCAGAGGCUGUUUUCACUUCAGAGUUCCUCCAGCCUGUCCAGUCCCCAACCAUAUCAGUGGUUAAUACCACAUCAUAGACUCCUCCCAAAAGAUUUACAAAAGUUUUUUUCAACUGAAUGUUGGAAAAUACAGAUUGAUAUUUUUGUAUCUUUGCUUUGGGAUUUGUUUUUGGGCUUGAAAUAGUGGACUUUCUGUCACUGGGGAAAAACUGCUUGUCAGAUCUUACCUUUGUCCAAUUUUGAUACUUUGAUUUAACUAGUGUUUCUUUUGUAAAACGAGUCCUUUUGUUGGAGGUUUUAGCAUGCAGCUAACAAAUGCCACAUCAAUGACAAUUCCACACAAGCUUCCUCAUGCAUUACUGGACAUCUGGUUUUGCUGUGGAGCACUGACAUCACUCCUAAAUUAACUUUUACAUUAUUAAUGUACAGUACAGGAUUAUAAAAAUGCACACUCUUUCCCAUAAAUACUUUAGAGUAGAGGAUUGUGCACUCCAUCCUGAAUGAACAUUAAUAGAUGCAUUAGUGCUGUCCGCAUCAGAAUACAAAGUUUGCUGCCCUGCGGACCGAUCUCAAAUACUCCAAAACAUAUGCUUUGUUUCUCUGAGCUAAUGGUCUUUUAAACUUAAUGUUUUUUUAAUCUCUCGACAUGUUGCUCAGAAUCCCCAGUGUGAUUGGACAGGUGAGGCAUUUAGAGUGUAUGCGUUUAGUUUAUGUGUAGGGGCCUGAAGGGAAACAGUCCUCUAGAUGAGUCCAAAUGUUGGGCUGGCAUGCUGCGAAUGUGCUCUGACAAGACACACAGGCCCUGAGUGCGCUAGUCUUCACAAACAUGUGGUGCAUACUUUCCAUCAGGACUGUGUGUAGAAAUGUGCUCGCCUACAAUUUUUACAUAAGUAAGGCUAUAAUCAUCAGAAAGUGAUAGAGUUAUGUAUUUACGCAUAUAAAAUUAGGGUCUGUGUCUUUUGAGAGCUCAAUUAUAAUAAAAAUUGUAUGACUGUUUUAGAGUACCAAUGCCUUUAUUCAAUAAUUCUGUUGGCCAGAAUACAUUAAGCAUUACCUUAAAGGGAUAGUUCACCCCAAAAUGAAAAAUCUGUCAUCAUUUAGUGGUUCCAAAAUUGUAUGCAUGUCUUCCAUGAACACAAAAGGAGAUGUUUUGGUAGAAUAUUAGGAACUGACAGCUUCCCUCAGCAUUAGCUUUCAUUAUCUGGAUAAAAAGAUACAAUGAAAGUGAAAGGCAGAAUCAGCCUCAGUAUCUAAACAUACAGUAUUUUGUGUUCCACAGAAAAAAGAAAGUCAUACAGGUUUGGAACAACAUGAGGAUGAAUAAGUUAUGAAUUUACAGUUUUUGGUGAACCAUCAAACUUUAACCAUCAGCCUCUCUAGCUGCAGUUGUGUGGCUAAAUUCCCAGAUGUGAGUAACAGGUUUCUCACAACUGUUCAACAACCUACUUAUUUGUGAAAUGUGCUAAAAGCCAUGCAGAAAUAGCAGAAAUAAUGGCUUUUGCCAGCAAAUUCCAGGCUUUAGUCCAUGAGAUAUUAUGAAAGCUAUGAUUCCAGUUUGGAAAUAAGUUUUUUGUUUUAUUGCUGUUGAAAGAAAGCUAUUACCUGUACUGUAUUUAUUACACCUUAUAAUCAUGACCUAAUUUAUAAUAAAUGUUUUAAAAUGACACCCAAA